AUGAGUAACAACAACAUUACGGAAAACAAAAAACAACACAAAGAACACACAGUGUCUCCAACGGAAGAGCCAGUUUUUGGAUCAGACUUGAAUACAAGAGUAAAUUCAGCAGCAACAAUAGGUUCGCUCAAGUAUCCAUAUCACGUCAAAAGCUUAUCGGUUGAGGGAUUGGAAUCGUCAAAUAGUUCAGAUUUAAAAUCAAACGAGCAAUCUCAACAAUCAAUACAACAACAGCAACAUGGUUCUGGUCGAUUUUUAUCAUCCAUGUUUGGUUCGGUAAACCAAAAUAUUCAACCAUCAUUUCAAAAAUCUACUCCUUCCUCAUCUGUGACAUCUUCUGAUCAAAAAGAACGAGAAUGGGGAAUUUUUUGUAUGGAAAACAAAACAGACAAGCCAAUAUAUUGGGGAGUCAAAGGAUUGCACAUUCAUUGGAAAAAAGAAAACAAGCCAAUAAUUUUGCCGAGUAAGAGCAAUCCUUUGUAUGAAUUUCCACCUGCUUACUACUUUUACAAUCAAGAAAAAACCACUUCCUCCUCGUCAGCCCGGUUAAAAAGCCACAAACAUUUUUUCUUUUCUUCAUGCCAUUCAGUAGAUUUAACAAAUGAAGGUUUGUCAGACUGGAACAACAUCAUUCGAUUUAAACUGGAACCAAACACAUUUUGUUUAGGACGAUUUCCAUUUCAUACAUAUUCUGAUUAUUUCAUUUUGUUAGUUGGUUUACAUGAUUCAGAGUCAACUCGUGGCAGUCACGUAAAUUGGUCAACCUCACCAAAUUCCAAACCUGAAAAAGAGGACGCUUCAAAAAACGACUCCAUAUUCUCGAGAUAUUUUGGAAACACUAAAAACUCAUUUAUGAACUAUAUACCCAGAACACAGACAUCAGUUGAGGUCAUGGAAGAGUCCGAUGACCAACCAACCUCAGAACAAAAGAAAGAUCCCACUUCUACCGACAAAAAGACAACUAAUAAGAAAAAACUGCCGUUUCACUGCAAGGCCUAUUACAUUGAACACUUUCAUAAUAAGGAUGUAAUUUUGGCUGCAACUGUAACCAAGUCAUUAUUUCUUUUCAGUGACUAUACCACUUUUACUCUCGAACCAAUUACCUAUAGAUUUUUCCCAAAUUACCGUCCCUGUGAGAACGCAUCUGCUGAGCAGAUAAAGUUAUCUAACAACAUCUACUUUGAUGAAAUUAGGGAAAUUUGUAUUAAGAAAGGAUCCAAAAAGAAAGUGAACGAAGGGUCCUCAAGAAAUGCGUUGCAAUUUCAUGGUUUACAAAUGUACGAGGAUGAAGCUAACAAUACCCUACGAGAGAGUAUUUUAUUUUUCUUUUUAUUUAUGAGAAAGUUGUAUGAGAGACUUAAUAUUUUACUUUUACUGGACGAAUCUGAAAUUGAGCAACCAAGUGACUUGGGUGACGAUUUAGUAGAAUAUCUCAUGAAAUUUUUGAUAGGAUCCAAAACAAUUGUAACCCAUACUGACAGCCAAAAACGAGAUGUGCUCAAGUGGUUCAAAUCUUGUGUAAAGUUAAUUGGGUUCAACAAUGGAAAAGACUCCAAAGAUAAUAGAUAUGUUUUAUCUAGGAGCGAUGAGUCUUUCAGUAGAUCAUUUGAAAUGUACAAAUUUAACGAAGACAGUACUGAUACAGAGGAAUUUUUCAACACUGAUGAAGAGGAGCAAAAUAAGCAAACAAAACGACCGAUUUGUCACGUUGAUGGAGUUAUAGUACUAUCCACUGUAGGAAACAAAAUGAGCAAAGAUUUUAAAAACAAGCUAAAGCUUUUGGAAGGCUUUCCCACUCUUUAUGUCCUUCAUGGCCUUGAUAAGUGCACUGACAUUUAUGACGCCAUUAAAAGGAAGGAAAAUGCUGAAAUUGAAAUUUCGAACCUGUACAUCAACUCAAAACCAUACAUUGUUCAACACAAGACCAUCAUGACAAAGUCACAAACAGACUCCACAGAACUUAUCCUUUCACAAUUUUUCCGAGAGGUCAUUGACGUUGCGCUAGAGCGAGCGGCCGUUCAUCACACAAAGCUCGAGUCAUCCACAUCCAUUAAUUCUGUCAUGAAGCUCUUUUCGAAUUCAGAAGUUAAAAUUGAAAUUAAGGAUUUACAAGAUUCUGAACAAAAACGAAACGUUUGGUUUUUCGGCCUGGACAACGAAAGAGAAACUGUUUCUGCUGCAGUGAAUAGUCUUUACAAUACAAAGUAUUUUGCCAAAUCCAAAGAAAAGAAGAAACAUUCAAAACAGACGAACAUUCUGGUUUGUGUGAGAAGUAGAGAGCAAUUUAUGAAUGGAAAAGAUAUUAUUCCAGAGAAGAAAAUACAAUCCAUGAAUCAGUAUGUUCUUGUGAAGAGAACGAUCACAGACCUAUGGAGCUUGAAUGCAACGCUGAAGAGAAGACGUAGUACAGAUAAUACAGCUUCGACCAUGAAAAAGUCCCAUAGUUAUGGAGCUCUACAGUCACUGGCACGGAAAGAACGGCUUAAACAUUUGAAACCCACAAUGAGAACAUCCGUAGAGACACCUCACAGUGUGAACAUGCCAAUCAAUGAGAAGAGCAUCUUUGAUAUUCAUGCACAUGAUAGUAGUGACAAUUCUGAUACAGAUUCACCUCACAUGCUUCCGAAAGCACACGAUGACAGUGGUGCUCUAAGUGAUGAUGAUUUUUCAGAGAAUGCCAUUGUUCUCGUGAAGAAUGAUUCCGAAGAGGAUGAUCAGGUCAAACUUAAUGAGAAAAAACUCAUCGAUGAGAACAAAGAGUCCUCUUCGAAGAGUCGUGUCUUGCUGAACACUUCUAAUUUGGAAGCAAAUGAUUCCAAACACACCAAUGUUCAGCCUUCUACCUCCGCACUGGAUCACCUCACACCUCCUAUUCAGAAAGGUGAUAUUGUGGUAUUAUGUGUCGAGUUAUCUGGAAGAAUUUUAAUUACAGGAGAAAAUGGUAUUUUCACACGAUUUAUUCAACAAGUUCUAAAUUAUACGGAUAGUGUGGUACUUUUUGUAGAGAGAAUGGAUCGUCAUGAAUUUCAACAAACUCCCAUUCUUCACUUUUCUGGGUUAGGCUCAAAGAAAUGUUGUUGUGUAUUUGGAGAUGACCAAGACAUGACUCUCGAUCAAGAAUUACUUCAAUCUCAAGACAUGAGAAAUCUCAAAUGUCGAUGCUACUUCUCGAGCGAAAGACCUGAUGAACAGAAGGCAAAUAUGGACAAGUUCUGGGAGCAUGUUCUCGAGUAUAAUAAUACUGGCCGUUCCUAUAACCAUCAGCAUCAUCAUCACCAUUACGACGAGUCACAGGCCGUGUACUCGCCUGGCAGUGCUUCGACUCCAGCCUCUUCCAUGACCACCAUUCAUGAUGAGAACAUUUUCUCAAUAGCUGCAAAAAAGUAA